GAGUUGAAGGAGCAGUUCCGCGGCCGUGUUGAUCUCAACCGCCGCCAGAAGGACGAGGACGCCUGGGGCCACUCGCGCUACACGCCCGAGUCGUUCGCUGCCUGUGGGCCGGCGAGCCGCGUCCGCAUGUACCGCAUGACCAUGCAGGAGGCCAAAGGCCCCGCCUACGCUCGCGGGCGGCAGCCGAUUCUUCUCGGCGAUGGCGGCGAACUUGAGGACUUCUGCAUGCAGAUCGACGCCCACACCGUCUUCACCCCGGGCUGGGAUGAGAACGCCAUCAAGCAGUGGGCCGCCACGGACAACGAGUACGCGGUGUUGUCGACCUACCCCACCAACGCCGCGGAGUUGCAGGCGGACGGCUCGCCCACCAACACCAACAACCACUGGGAGAUGCCCCACAUUUGCUCGGCCAAGGGCGGCGGAGGCCUCAUCCGCAACGACCAGGCGAAGAGGGCCCAGCUGGCGCAGCAGAUGGCGAUGAUGUAG